UGGGCAGGCUCGUGACGUCCGAUGAAAUCCAAGAUGGCGGCACAAGGCUGAGGGCUUUGCUGGUGAAGGCCUUGGGACCGGCGACUGCGGGAUCCGGGAGGUGACGGAAGUUCUGCUUCUGUCUUCUCACGCCCCUCAGAGGACCCUGCGCUGCUUCUUGCCGCCGCGACCAUGUCUGGGCCCGGCAACAAACGCGCUGCUGGCGACGGGGGCUCGGGGCCCCCAGAGAAGAAGCUGAACCGCGAGGAGAAGACCACAACCACUCUCAUAGAGCCCAUUCGCCUCGGGGGCAUCUCUUCCACGGAAGAGAUGGACCUGAAGGUCCUGCAGUUCAAGAACAAGAAGCUGGCAGAGCGGUUGGAACAGCGGCAGGCUUGUGAAGAUGAACUCCGGGAACGAAUUGAGAAGCUGGAGAAGCGGCAGGCCACGGAUGACGCCACGCUCCUUAUUGUCAACCGCUACUGGGCCCAGCUGGAUGAAACUGUGGAAGCCCUUCUCCGACGCCAUGAGAGCCGGGGGGAGCAAUCUUCAGGGACAGAGGCACCUGGAACCCAGGAAGGACUGGCACGUGAUGGGAUGUCUCUCCCAGAGCCAGGGACAUCAGAGCUGAGGGAGCCUCUGCCAAUGCAGCUGCGGCCCCCUCUCAGUGAGCCAGCCUUGGCUUUUGUGGUGGCACUGGGUGCCAGCAGCAGUGAGGAGGUGGAACUUCAGUUGCAAGGCCGUAUGGAGUUCUCCAAGGCAGCUGUGUCCCGCGUGGUAGAGGCCUCAGACCGUCUACAGCGCCGGGUGGAGGAACUCUGUCAGCGAGUAUACAGCCGAGGGGACAGUGAGCCUCCUGGUGAGACAGCCCGGGCACGAACCCGGGAGUUGGGCCGCGAGAACCGGCGGUUGCAGGACUUGGCCACCCAGCUGCAGGAGAAGCACCACCGCAUUUCAUUGGAGUAUUCUGAGCUCCAGGAUAAAGUGACAUCAGCAGAGACCAAGGUGUUAGAGAUGGAGACCACAGUGGAGGACCUGCAGUGGGACAUUGAGAAGCUGCGCAAGCGUGAGCAGAAGCUCAAUAAACACCUGGCAGAGGCCUUGGAGCAGCUCAACUCUGGCUACUAUGUGUCUGGGAGCUCCUCCGGCUUCCAGGGGGGCCAGAUCACACUUAGCAUGCAGAAGUUUGAGAUGCUGAACGCAGAGUUGGAAGAAAACCAGGAAUUGGCCAACAGCCGCAUGGCAGAGCUGGAGAAGCUGCAGGCCGAACUGCAGGGGGCUGUGCGGACCAACGAGCGCCUCAAGGUAGCCCUGAGGAGCCUUCCUGAGGAGGUGGUGCGGGAGACAGGGGAGUACCGCAUGCUGCAGGCCCAGUUCUCGCUGCUCUACAACGAGUCUCUGCAAGUGAAAACCCAGCUGGACGAGGCCCGGGGGCUGCUGCUGGCCACCAAAAACUCUCAUUUGAGACACAUCGAGCACAUGGAGAGCGACGAGCUGGGGCUGCAGAAGAAGCUGCGCACAGAGGUCAUCCAGCUGGAGGACACACUGGCCCAGGUACGCAAGGAGUACGAGAUGCUGCGCAUAGAGUUUGAACAGAACCUGGCGGCCAAUGAGCAAGCAGGGCCCAUCAACCGCGAGAUGCGCCACCUGAUCAGCAGCCUUCAAAACCACAACCACCAGCUCAAGGGGGAUGCCCAGCGCUACAAGCGGAAGCUGCGGGAAGUGCAGGCUGAGAUUGGCAAACUCCGGGCCCAAGCCAGUGGCUCUACCCACUCCAUCCCAAAUCUGGGCCACCCAGAGGACUCCGGUCUCAGUGCCCCAGCCCUGGGGAAAGAAGAGAGUGGGCCAGGCCCUGGUGGCACCCCUGAGGGCAGAAAGGAGUUGGCUUCAGUGCCUGGUACCACCACUGCUGCCACCUCAGUGAGGAAAGAGGAGCUGGUCCCCUCUGAGGAGGAUGCCCAGGGCCCCUCUUCCCGGGCCCGAGAACCUGAGGCCAGGCCCAAGCGGGAACUUCGUGAACGGGAAGGGCCUGGCCUAGGACCCCCACCUGCAGCCUCAGUUCUCUCCAGGGCUGAUAGGGAGAAGGUCAAGGUGGAAGAGGCCAAGAGGAAGGAGUCAGAACUCCUCAAAGGUCUCCGAGCAGAACUCAAGAAGGCCCAGGAGAGCCAGAAGGAGAUGAAACUGUUGCUGGACAUGUACAAAUCAGCGCCCAAGGAGCAGCGGGACAAGGUGCAGCUCAUGGCCGCUGAACGCAAGGCCAAAGCCGAGGUCGAUGAGCUCCGGAGCCGCAUCCGGGAAUUGGAGGAGAGGGAUCGGAGGGAAAGCAAGAAGAUUGCGGAUGAGGAUGCCUUGCGGCGCAUCCGACAGGCAGAGGAGCAGAUAGAGCACCUGCAGCGCAAGCUAGGAGCCACCAAGCAGGAGGAGGAGGCGUUGCUGUCGGAGAUGGAUGUUACAGGUCAGGCUUUUGAGGACAUGCAAGAGCAGAAUGGGCGGCUGCUACAGCAACUGCGGGAAAAGGAUGAUGCCAACUUCAAGCUGAUGUCAGAGCGGAUCAAGGCCAACCAGAUUCACAAGCUCCUGCGGGAGGAGAAGGAUGAACUGGGCGAGCAGGUUCUUGGCCUCAAGUCCCAGGUGGAUGCCCAGCUGCUGACCGUGCAGAAGCUGGAGGAAAAGGAGCGGGCCCUGCAGGGCAGCCUUGGCGGUGUGGAGAAGGAGCUGACACUGCGCAGCCAAGCUCUGGAACUCAACAAGAGGAAGGCUGUGGAAGCCGCCCAGCUGGCCGAGGACCUGAAGGUGCAGCUGGAGCAUGUGCAGACGCGGCUGCGGGAGAUCCAGCCCUGCCUGGCAGAGAGCCGGGCUGCUCGUGAGAAAGAGAGCUUCAACCUCAAGAGGGCUCAGGAGGACAUCUCACGGCUGCGGCGCAAGCUGGAGAAGCAGAGGAAAGUGGAGGUUUAUGCAGAUGCUGAUGAAAUCCUCCAGGAGGAGAUCAAGGAGUACAAGGCACGGCUGACCUGCCCUUGCUGUAACACCCGCAAGAAGGAUGCAGUCCUUACCAAGUGCUUCCAUGUUUUCUGCUUCGAGUGUGUGCGGGGCCGCUAUGAGGCCCGCCAGAGGAAGUGCCCCAAAUGCAAUGCAGCCUUUGGUGCCCAUGACUUCCACCGUGUCUACAUCAGCUGAACCUGAGACUCUGGGGACUUUGGAGCACCCAUGGAUCCUGGGGGCUGUGCCCCCAGCCUCUUCCUACCCUGGGGUCCACUGGCCCCUACUCUACCUUCUGGACCCCAUGGGUCCAGUCCCUGCUCAUCUAGUUGGUUUGGACACCCAGUGCAUGCCAGUGGGAGUGGAUCAGCCCAGCUCCUGAAGGUCAGAGCUGUAGCCUAGGGGUUGCCACCCCAUAGGGGGAAGGUCUGCCUUGAAAUACCCUCAACUGAACUUCCCGAAAACUGGUCCUAACCUUUCUCCCCCACACUCCAAUGGCCCAUCACAGCCCUAUGGAGGGAAUUCCCCAGGCCUGCCCACCCACAAGUGAGGAACAGGGGUGGGCCAGCUCCCCAACCCCUUUCUCUAAGCCUGAGCCUCUCAAGAAGGCAGGUAGACUUUUUUUUAUCUACCUCUCCCAGGCCUGGGCAGGCUUCCCUCCUGUGGAAUCCCCUGGGCACUUUGCUUUGGCUCUCAGGCUAAGGUCUGAAGGGCUCACCCUCUUGGGAGGCACCCCCUUCUUCCUCUGGGGUUGCUGCAGUCACCCCAUCCUUAUCUUGUGAGUGUUGAACCAAGAUCGUCAGUUUCUAUGUACACAGACCCAUUGCCAAUCUCUGCUUUUCUCCCAAGCCAGCUUUCUCCCACCUCAUGCACCAUAAGGCUCCACUGGGGCCCCAGCCUUGACCCUGCUUUCAUCCUGGGGGCCUUAUCUGCAGUGGAGGCAGAACCUCCCAGGAGGGGGAAGGGACAGACCAGCCACUGGGCCAACUUCUCAUCAUUCCAGGCAGAAGAGCUUCACCCAACCAGUCGUCACUGACCCUGCACCCAUGAAACUUCCUGUAGUGGUGCCCAAGCAAACUCCGUGGGCUGGGAAGGCAGCAGAUAGAUGUAGGGGCCCCUUUGCACCCACAGCCCCUGCUCUUCAGAGAUGUCGUGUAUAGUUCGGUGAUCGUUAUGAAUAAAUGUCUAUCCGA